AUGAGCGCAAAGGCCACAACACCAAAAGCUAGACAAGAAAUGCAACUUUCUUCUCUUGCAUUGGCACUAUUGUGCACCGGACACACUUUGGCACAUGGGAAACCGGCUCCAAAACCGGCCGAUCUCACGUGGGAGCAGUGGCACAUGAAGGAAGAACACGAGAUGGACGAGUUUGAUCCGCUGUCGUUUUUCCUUCUCCACGACUUGGAAAACAAAGGCUACUGGACCGAGACGGACAUUUUGUACGUUUACGGCUUGACCCGUGACUCUGUCGUUGGAGACGGAAGCGGGAUGGGCGAGCACGACCACAACGAACAGAUUUCCAAAGAAGACAAGGAUAAGGUGGUGCGGACAGUGUUGAAGAUGGUCGACUCUGACCAUGAUGGGCAGGUGUCCAGAGAGGAGUGGAUGGACUUCUCCAAGAGCAACCAGUUGCCAGAUUUCGGUUUCGGCCCCGGCCACCACAUGGACUUCGAAGCCGAAUACGAAAACCACCACUGGAACAAGUACCACCGGGACCAAGACCCAGACGUGCACGUGAAACACAAGGAGGACAUUGAGCACGAGCUUUUGCAUCACUUGCAUGAGAUUGACGAAACGCACGAUAAGGACGCCAAUGCCAGAAAGCUUUCCAAGAACUUUGCUAGUCCUGUGCAUGUGGCCAACGUUCCUCAAAAGUACUUGGCCAAGUAG